CAGCCACGCGCGCACGUGCGCGCCGGCCGCCGCGCGUCCCCGAGAUCUCCAGCCGCCGCGGCGAGGCGCGCGCGAUCGGGGUCGCCGCCGUCUAGGGGCCGGGUCCUGGUGACCUCAGCGUCCCCGGCCCGAGUCCCGGAGAGCCGGGCGGGUUCCACCCCGUCGGUCCCAGCUCGCGUUCCCUCCCGACGGCCGCCAGGGCCCGCCCCGCAACUCCCCUUUUCCGCUCCCGGGCAGGGUCCUCGCGGCCCAUGCUGGCUGCUGGGGGCCCGCGCCGCCUAGACAGUUCCCGGGCUGGCUGGCCGGCCACCAUGGUGGCCCUGAGGCCUGUGCGGCUCCUCCAGGGAGGCUAACAGUCCCAGCGCGCAGGCCUGGGGACGCGAGGGUCCCGGGCCUGAGCCCCGCACCAUGGCCGGGGCCAUCGCUUCCCGCAUGAGCUUCAGCUCGCUCAAGAGGAAGCAGCCCAAGACGUUCACCGUGCGGAUCGUCACCAUGGACGCCGAGAUGGAGUUUAAUUGCGAGAUGAAGUGGAAAGGGAAGGACCUGUUCGACUUGGUGUGCCGGACCCUGGGGCUGCGGGAAACCUGGUUCUUCGGGCUGCAGUACACGAUCAAGGACACCGUGGCCUGGCUCAAGACGGACAAGAAGGUGCUGGACCACGAUGUUUCGAAGGAAGAGCCCGUCACCUUCCACUUCCUGGCCAAGUUUUACCCCGAGAACGCCGAGGAGGAGCUGGUGCAGGAGAUCACGCAGCAUUUAUUCUUCCUGCAGGUGAAGAAGCAGAUCUUGGACGAAAAGAUCUACUGCCCGCCCGAGGCCUCGGUGCUGCUGGCUUCGUACGCCGUCCAGGCCAAGUACGGCGACUACGACCCUUCUGUUCACAAGCGGGGAUUUCUGGCCCAAGAGGAAUUGCUCCCAAAAAGGGUGAUAAAUCUGUAUCAGAUGACGCCAGAGAUGUGGGAGGAGAGAAUCACAGCCUGGUACGCGGAGCACCGAGGUCGGGCCAGGGACGAGGCCGAGAUGGAAUAUUUGAAGAUAGCGCAGGACCUGGAGAUGUACGGCGUGAACUACUUCGCCAUCCGGAACAAAAAGGGCACCGAGCUGCUGCUGGGUGUGGAUGCGCUGGGGCUUCACAUCUACGACCCCGAGAACAGGCUGACCCCCAAGAUCUCCUUCCCAUGGAAUGAAAUCCGAAACAUCUCCUACAGCGACAAGGAGUUUACUAUUAAACCGCUGGAUAAGAAGAUCGACGUCUUCAAGUUUAACUCCUCAAAGCUUCGUGUUAAUAAGCUGAUUCUGCAGCUGUGCAUCGGGAACCACGACCUUUUCAUGAGGAGGAGGAAGGCCGACUCUUUGGAGGUUCAGCAGAUGAAAGCCCAGGCCCGGGAGGAGAAAGCCAGAAAGCAGAUGGAGCGGCAGCGCCUCGCCCGAGAGAAGCAGAUGCGAGAGGAGGCCGAGCGCACCAGGGAUGAGCUGGAAAGGAGGCUGCUGCAGAUGAAAGAAGAAGCGACCAUGGCCAACGAGGCUCUGAUGCGGUCGGAGGAGACGGCCGACCUGCUGGCGGAAAAGGCCCAAAUCACCGAGGAGGAGGCGAAGCUCCUGGCGCAGAAGGCUGCGGAGGCCGAGCAGGAGAUGCAGCGCAUCAAGGCCACGGCCAUCCGGACGGAGGAGGAGAAGCGCGUGAUGGAGCAGAAGGUGCUGGAGGCCGAGGUGCUGGCGCUGAAGAUGGCCGAGGAGUCCGAGAGGAGGGCCAAGGAGGCCGAUCAGCUGAAGCAGGACCUGCAGGAAGCCCGCGAGGCAGAGCGAAGAGCCAAGCAAAAGCUCCUGGAAAUCACCACCAAGCCCACGUACCCCCCCAUCAACCCAAUUCCGGCGCCAUUGCCUCCUGACAUGUCAAGCUUCAACCUCAUCGGCGACAGCCUGUCUUUCGACUUCAAGGAUACUGACAUGAAGCGACUUUCCAUGGAAAUAGAGAAAGAAAAAGUGGAGUACAUGGAGAAGAGCAAGCAUCUGCAGGAGCAGCUCAAUGAACUCAAGACCGAGAUCGAGGCCUUGAAACUCAAAGAGAGGGAGACGGCCCUGGACAUUCUGCACAACGAGAACGCCGACCGGGGCGGCACCAGCAGCAAGCACAACACCAUCAAGAAGCCUCAAGCCCAAGGCAGAAGACCUAUCUGCAUUUGAGCCCACAAAGCAGCUCACCUUGCAGAGCGCCAAGUCCCGAGUGGCCUUCUUUGAAGAGCUCUAGCCGGGGACCCGCCGCCCCAGGAUCUACCGCUGCUGCUCCGGCCGAUGGGCCGCCGCCGUGGGAGCCGGUGCAGGUGGCGGCCGGACCCCCGGGGGAGCGCCCACCCUCUCGUGUGCAAUGGCCUCGAACUCUGAGCCUGCAGAGGUUUCUCCCGCAGGGCCCCAGUCUUUAAAUGUCUUCGGAAGCAUUUGUCUUUCCUCGUCUACGUGUGUGUCACCCCAAACUUCCUGCAUCGGAGGCGCCCUGGGGGGUGGCUCACUGUCCAGUGCUGACCCCCGGCCCUGGCUGGGAAGUGGGUGAAGGGCGGGUAGUGCACAGGCCCCUGGAGGCCAGGAGGCUGGUGCCCACCCCCCACCCCCCACCCCGCAACCCCGUGGUUUCCAGAACACUCCUUUCCUCCCCUGAGGAGGAGCUGGCAAGGGAAGAAGCGAGGCCCACCCGAGCCCAGGUGGCCUGCCAUGAGCUUGCCCACAGCCCAGGGGGCGGGGAGCGGGCACGGCCGCCGUGACUGGGGAAGACUCGGCAGACGCUGUGACGUCGGGCGGCUGCCAGCACUGGGGCUGGGAGGCCGGAAUAUGGCGUGGGAACCUGCCCCACACACUACACUCACUGCCUCCUCCUGCCUCCCCAGACCAGAGUCCGAGGGGCAGGCGGGAGCCACGGGUCCUCUUCUCCCCCUUUGGCCUCAGUCCCCCCUGCUGGCUGGGCCGGGGGGGGGGCUCCCUGGCCACUGUCUGGCCGGCACCCGGUAGCCCCGCCAUGACUGGGGGCCCCCAAAAGGCUCUGAGGCCCCACAGACACUGCUCAGUGGCCCAGACUCGGAGCUCCACUGGCCCCAGCCUGCCAGCAAGCGCCUCCCCACCCAUCGUUGUCCCUGGGCCCUUUAUUUCCUAUUCCCUUAUGGGCCAUACAGGGUCCCUUGGUGCCCCCGCCAGAGCGAGCCGGUGCCCGACCGCCCACCCCUGCUGGCAGCGGGGUAUAGACCACUCCGGGGCCCACCCUGGCACCCUGGUUUGGGGCCACGUUCGUGCCCUGUCUUUUCUCCAUCACUCGGUGCUGCUGCUGUGACCCAUGGGGCCGGCCAGACCCUCCCAGGGGGGCUGUUGGGGAGCAGGUGGCCAGCCUGAACCAGUGCACAGGCAUCUGUUAGGGGGCGCGAGAGGCCUGGCGACAUCCGAGAGCACGGUGGUCUCCGACACGCCUGGGCCGUCUGAGAAACCGAGCCCCUCACGGAGCCUGUUCCCUCCAGCCAGGCUGACCCCACAGCGUCCUGGGCUGGCCGCGUCCUCCUGUCUGUAAUGGAAGGUCUGGCUCUUGUGUGCGGCUCUGCCUCCCCAGGCUCAGCCCCCGUCCCUGCGUUCCCAGCAGUUCCCUUCCCUCCUCGCCUGUCAGCUCAACCCUUCACGGUGGCCGGGGGCACAGGGCAGGGCGGUGGCUCAUAAAGACAUCGUCCGGCUUUUAUUAUUCUCGUUAUUUAACUGCCGAGGGUCUGCCUGAAGUCGGGGCAACGCCAGGCUGUGUGGCCACCAGGGAGCCGGGCCGGCGUCUGAGCCGUGGCAGGAGCCCCCUGGGGCCCGGGGAGCAGGCUCAGCCAGGGGCGCCUGGGCUGUCCUCAGGGUGAGCCGGUGGGCACCUCCGCGGACGGCUGGGCGGAGGGGGUGGCGGCCCUCGGAAAGGUCUGGAGCCCCCGUCGAAGGAGCAGGGCCGGGAGCGGUGUUCAGAGACGGGCGCCUGUGUCCUUUCUCAGUGACCGUGGUGAGGGCCGGGCGCUCACCCGGGAAGGAAGCCCGACUCCCCUGGAGAGCGGGGCCCGGGCUGAUGACGGCAUCGCAAGCACCGCUGAGGGUGCGUGGGCAGUCGCCGCCCCGGCUGGUUCGUCCGGAGGCCUCCCCUCCGCCACAGCCACGCUCCGACCUGUGGCGUGGACUCCGUUAUUCUCGGCCCCGCCAGGCCCCGCUAGACAGCACCCGUGGCGUUACGUAACACGCCUUAAGUGGCUGUGUUUUGCAAUCUUGGGUGCAGGUUUCUCUCUCUCUCCUUCUCUCUCUCUCCCAAAUCAAAACGACAAGUCCAGAGGCUGACGGACUGGAGCCUCACGGCCCUGGGGGGAGGCCGGCCUGGGGCCAGGGCUUUCGGGGGAGCCCCAUCCCUUUCCAAAGACAUCAAGCCCCACGUCUGCCUGUGGGGCCUGAGUUUCGCCUCCUGUCAGGGCCAGACCCCGGAAGACUAUUUCCUGUUUUGGAAGAUGGUUGUAAUUUAAAUGAUUGUUUUAAUAAAAAUUCUAAGCUGACACAA